UCCUUGCAUUUAUAAAACAAAUUUUAGUUCCUCCGCACACAAAUUCUCCCUAUCCAAUCCCUCUUAUUUUUUCUCUAACCCUCUUUCAAUUUUCAUGCUCCUUUACAAAUCUUCAGUCUCUGCUCUAAUGGCGAAUUCCUUCGACAACGACGUGAUGAUGGUUCCUGAAAGAUCUUCUAGAAGCAGUUUCUAUAACUUCUCUUCGCUCCCAUCUUUAAGCGUUGAAUGGGGCCGUCAGGCACAAUUACGUUGCGUCAAAGUCUCUGACCCUCCUUACCAUACUUCUUCUCCCUUAGAAUUGUGUUCUUCUUCGUCUCGAUCCCAGUAUAACUCCGACAAGAAGCGGAGAUCUACUGAUACUGAUUGUGAGGAUAAUAAUAAUGGUAUCGUAGGCAUCAGGAAAAAGUUAAUGGUUGAUUUUUGUGAAGAAGCUAAUCAGAUGCAAGCGGAGUUUUUCAAACAGUCCGACGUCGUUUCGAAUGAAGCUAAACCUUGGAAUUUGAGGAUUAAGAGAGCCGUGGUUAAAGAUCCAAAUACACUUGAAAAUUCUACUCAUCGGAAACCUAAUUCCUCACCGGUAAAGCCAUCAGUAUUUAAAUUACCGCCGAAGAAAAAUAAAUAUGAAAUCGGCAAUUUUGAAGGUCCUAGAGCCAAGUUCUCUGUUUCUCUCUCUAAAAGAGAAAUUGAAGAAGAUUUUCUUGCUAUUACAGAACAUCGUCCUGCACGCCGGCCCAAAAAGCGAUCCAAAAAUCUCCAGAGGCGAUUCGAUGAAUUUAAUCCCGGGUUUUGGUUAACGGAGAUUACAGCUGAUAUGUACAAAGUAAAUAAACAAAUUUAGAUUGGAAAGGUAUCAUAUAGAAGUAAUUGUAUAUUUUCAAUCGAUUACAAUUUUGUUUGAGUUAUGAAAUUGAGUUAUGAAAUUGAUUUCAUGAUUUGGUAUUUGCAAACAGAUUUUCAGUUAUUUCAGUGUAGAAAUAUGGCGGGUUGAUUAUUUUUUUCACUUCGAUUCUUCGGUAAAAAACGGGAAAUUUCCUAAGAUUAAUCGAUUUACGAUUUUAUUUUAUGAAUAGAUUGUUGAUUCUGGGUUUUAAUAUAUGAAUUGAUGAUAUGAGAUGUAAUCAAUGAUUAUUCCAUUAAUAAAGGUAAUUAACUGGAAAUUUUUAAAAAAUCAUUGGUGUCUAAUAGUCUAUUAAUGGAUUUUGAUUAUUUUCAUAUUUGAUUGGAAAACUGGGAUCAUAAUUGCUGGUGAUUGAUGAAGGCAAUAAGGAAUGAAAUGGUGGAAACUGGAAAGCUGUGAUUGGUGAUUAGUGAUUAGUGAUUAGUGAUUAGUGAUUAGUGAUGCCCUAAUCUUUUUCGUACAUGACGAAGUUUAAGUUUUUGUUCACUCAGUUGUGUUAUUUUCAAACCGAAAUAAAAAUAUAAGUUAUAACUUUAUAUUCAGUCUUGUUUGUUUUCGGUGUAAGGUUACGAUUUAUAUUUUUUUUUUGAAAAUUAAAAUUUAAAAGUAUAUUCUAUCUCUAAUAUAGAUAGAGACGUGCAUGUAAGGGUAUGGAUCCAUUAUUGUUGGAUCUUAUGUGUCCCGGUCGGAUUUGGAUUUAUGGCUUUAGAAUCCGAGUUUAAGUUCACACGUUUUAGACUUAGAUUCGACUAAAUUCGAAUAUCUAAUAUUAGUAAGAAUAAAAGUAUAGUGUUUUUAAAAAAUUAUUUUGACUAAAUUCGGAUGUCAUAUUUUUUAAAUUUUCAAUUUAUGAUUGGGAAUGAGUAUUGGAUAUUUGAGUUGAAAAGAUCGAAUAUCAGAUAGCGCAUAUGUUUGUUUUCGAUUAUCCAAUCUUAUUUUUUUCACCUCUGGUUGCAGCUAUACAACUAUAAAUCAAGUAUAAAGAUGCAACAAAAAGCACUCAAAAUCAUCUUUAUCAUACCCAAUAUAUCCCGUUUAUAGAAAACUAUGAUUAGGGUUUAGUGAGGGAAGAACGACGACAGCUCAUAUUCACAAAGGAGAGUAUGGUCAAAAAGCACUCAAAAUAUAUAUUUAAAUAAUAAAUGAUACAAAGGUGUAAUCUUUGUGUAUCAAUCAAAAUUUUAGACUUUCAUCAUCCAAGAAGGUGAAAGUGAUUUUUUUUUUUCUAUUCAGGGUAGACUAACGAAUUUUUUUGAAUUAGAGUUCGCUAUAGUUAUUCGGAUAAAACCUUAAAACAAAUUAAUCCAAAUCGAAUUAGAAGUAUGGUUUAUACUAUUUAUAAGCUGGUUAGAUUUGGAUUAGGAAUUUCAUCAUCGUCAUCAUCAUACUCGGUGUAUCCCACUCAUAGAAAACUAUAGUCAAGGUUUGGGGAGGGAAAGACGGUGGCAACUCAUAUCCAUAAAGAAGAGCGCGGCUAAAAGAGUCACCCGACUCGAGAAAGAUUAAGAGAAGUUUCUGCAACGGAAAAGAUAAAUAAAAUGCAGAUAGAUAAAAUAAAUUAGUAAAAACACUUCAAAGCUAAAAAUAUUUUAGUUGGGAUUAGGUUUAAAUUUACUAAAGACCGAAAAUAAAAAAUCCAAACCGGAUUAAGAGUUUGCUUUCACUACUUACAAACAAAUAUAAGCCUUUAAUGAAUAAUUAUUUAUGUUUUAAUUUUUUCAUCCUUGCUUUUGUUACCAUGACUUUUAAGUUUUUAUUUAUGAUUUUGGUUUUUAAUUCGAUUUGUAGUUUAGAUUUGUUUUUUUAAGUUAAUUGAUCAAUUAAAAAUAGUUGGGCAAGCCCAAUAACAAAAAGUCAAACUAAUUAGACCCUUUUUUUUAAAAACUGGUUCUCUCUUGAGAGACCGUCUUUUUUAACGACGGCUCUCAAGAGCCCAACCCACUUUCCUUCUUUAGUAAAUAUCUUAAUUUAAAAAAAAACAGUUGUUUUAAAAAUAACAUGUAGAAGAUUGCU